CCGGGCUGUCCCCGCGCGGGGCCGUGCCGCGGUGGGCAGCCCCCGGUCCCCCCGUGUCGGGGAGCCGGCCCGGACCCCCGGGCAGCGAUGGCCGCUCGCAUCCUGCACCGGCUGCGGCACGCGCUGGCCGGCGAGGGCGGCCGGGAGGAGCCGGCGGGAGGCGGCGGCGAGACCGAGGACUGCCCGGAGAGCUCGGAGCUGGAGGACGACACCGAGGGGCUGUCGACGCGCCUCAGCGGCACCCUGAGCUUCACCAGCCACGAGGACGAGGAGGAGGAGGAGGAGGAGGAGGAGGAGGACGGAGCUAGCGAGGAGCUGGAGGAGCCGCCGCAGGCGCAGGGAGCGGCAGCAGGCGCGGAGGACGGAGAGUGGGGCCCCGCGGCGGAGCGCCCCGGCGGCAGCCUGCUGACCCGGCAGCUGCAGGAGCUGUGGCGGAGGUCGCGGGGCAGCCUGGUACCGCAGCGGCUGCUCUUCGAGGUCACCAGCGCCAGCGUGGUCAGCGAGCGCUCCUCCAAGUACGUGCUCUACACCAUCUACCUGAUCCGCACCGGCCAGUUUGACAAGGCCCCCGCCACCAUCGCCCGGCGCUACUCAGACUUCGAGCAGCUGAACCGCCGCCUGCGCUGCCGCUUCGGCUGCGACAUGGCCGGCGUUGCCUUCCCCAGGAAGAGGCUGCGCCGGAACUUCACCGCCGAGACCAUUGCCAAGCGGAGCCGAGCCUUCGAGCAGUUCCUGUCCCAUUUGCACUCCAUUGAUGAGAUCCGCCGCUCCCCUGAGUUCCUCGAGUUCUUCUUCCUGCCGGACCUGCGGGCCGCGCAGCGCCUCACCUGCACCGGCAUGUACCGCGAGGCCCUGGCCACCUGGGCCAAUGCCUACCGGCUACAGGACCGGCUGGGGGUCUGCAGCUCCGGCCGCUUCCUCCUGACGUUGGCCGGGCUGGCCGUGUGCCACCAGGAGCUGGACCAGCUCGGCGAGGCCCACAGCUGCUGUGAGCAGGCACUGCAGCUGCUGGAGGCCCAGGGCAGCCAUCCGCUGCUGGGGCCCUUCCUGCAGGCCCACAUCCACCUGGCCUGGAAGGUGGGCAAGGACAAGCGGCGCUCGGAGGCCCGGCUGCAGGACCUGCGGGAGGCUGGGCUGCCCCUGCAGCAGCAGCCCUCCCUGAAGGAGUGCCUGAUCAAGGAGCCUCUGGAGUGAAGCAGCCCGUGCCUGCAUGGGCAGGAGGGCAGGGGCUGCAGGGGACUCGCACCCAUGGCGGCCAGGAGCAGGGCACUGCCAUCAGUGGGGAUGUGGCAGGGGGGCAGUGCCACACUCCCAUGGCAGCAUGGCCCAUGCCUGGAGCUGCCUCCUAAAUGCACUUUCUCUGUGGUUAGUCUGUCCGGUGGGACUGGGGGCUCACAGGGGUUCACAGAGGUUCACCGCCCACAGUGAUGUUGCUGGAGCCACUCCCCCUCUAUGGGGGAUCCUGGAGUGGCUGGGACUUUAGCUGGGACAUACUGGCACCGCACAAGGGAACGGGAAGGCUUCUGGCAGGGUUUGGGGCUCUUGCCGGGAACUUCCCAUAAAACAUAUAAUAAAAAGGACUUUAUUAAAUAAAGUCUUGGCAGGAAGAAGA